ACUGAUAAGAAAUGAUAUUUAAAUAUCUCUCUGGAUGCAUUCAAGCAAACACAAGUAAAAUUGAUGGCUCACAAAAAACCGGUAAAGAACAUGUGUCAUUAAUAAUUUCUGUUGAUUACGAUUGCAACAAGUACAGCUGUCUGUCACAACCGAAAUCCUUCCGUGAAGUGGCCAGGUUACCGAUGACGGCGCAUGCGAAUACAAUUUGAAGUGCAUACUUGAGAUUUUUUAUUCGUCUUCAGAUAGUGGACUACGGCUGUCAAACAGAAACAGAUCACUUUAAUGACACGUGUGCUAGGUUAGUGCACCGUAUUAUUGUUUAUAUGUGAACAGGAUUAAAACUGACGUGUGUUCUAAUACAUAUUUACAAUUUAUGUUUGUGAUGUUUCUGGGUGUGGCACAAAGCAUCAGUUGGAACAAUUAGGAUUACAUAGCAAUGCCAGUCUAUUAAAUGUGAAAAAUUAAGGAUCAAACCAAAGGUGCAAGCAUGGAGAAGAGAGGCAGUGCGGAACUUCUGAGCGUGGAUCAAAACAAUUCCAAAAAUGCCAGUUCAGACUCUAUUAAUUCAGAUAGCAAGAGCAGCUCUCUUAACUCCAAGAUAGGCCAAGAAUCGGAAAGCUGGGAAAAAGCAUCUCAAUCAAAAAGUUUUUCCUCAAGUUCUACAUCAACAGAUAAUAACAUUGUCUCUGCUUUAGAAACAAGACAAGAUGAUCAAGUAAAAAACUUAUCUAGCGGAGAGACGGGUCCACCGCUUCUUAACGGUGAACGAGUACAAGGCAUUACUCACGAAGUGACGCACGUGUGUCCAUACUCGGGUCCAGUUAGAGGAGUUCUUAGCGUUACAAACUACAAGCUCCAUUUUCGAAGUAUAGACCGCGAAACGCCUUAUGUGGUCGAAGUACCAUUGGGUGUCGUUAGCAGAAUCGAAAAAAUCGGUGGUGCGUCUAGUAAAGGAGCGAAUUCCUAUGGAAUCGAAGUAUUCUGUAAAGACAUGCGGAAUCUCAGAUUCGCUCAUAAACAAGAGAAUCAUUCCAGGAGAGAUGUUUUUGAGAAGCUUCAACAGUAUUCGUUUCCUUUGUCUCACAAGUUACCUCUCUUCGCAUUCGAAUACUCCGAAACAUUUCCUGAAAAUGGCUGGAACGUUUAUGAGCCCAUAGCCGAGCUAAAACGGAUGGGGGUUAAUAAUGAUAUGUGGAAAAUAUCGAAAAUCAAUGAUACGUACUCGGUGUGCGAUAGUUAUCCGGCUGUAUGGGCUGUGCCAGCGUCGGCAACCGAUGAUGACUUACACGCAUCGGCAGCUUUUCGAAGCAGGGGGAGACUUCCCGUGCUUUCGUGGAUUCAUCCAGAGAGCCAGGCAACUAUAACCCGCUGUGCUCAACCGCUGGUGGGCGUCGGUGGCAAACGUAGUCGCGAAGAUGAGAGAUAUGUUCAACUGAUCAUGGACGCGAAUGCGCAAAGUCACAAGCUUCUUAUUAUGGACGCUCGACCGAUGCCCAACGCGGUGGCGAACAAAGCGAAAGGUGGCGGUUACGAGAGCGAAGAUGCUUACCAGAACGCGGAGCUCGUAUUCCUUGACAUUCACAAUAUACACGUGAUGAGAGAGAGCCUCAGAAAGUUAAAAGAAUUAUGUUUUCCAACGAUCGAGGAAGCUAGAUGGUUGUCGGGAAUAGAAUCUACCUAUUGGUUGAAACACAUCAAGUAUGUGCUCGCUGGCGCGUUUCGGAUAGUAGAAAAAGUUGAAAAUCACAAGACAUCGGUAUUGGUGCACUGCUCGGAUGGUUGGGAUAGAACAUCACAGCUCACAGCCCUUGCCAUGUUAAUGUUGGAUCCGUAUUACAGAACUAUCAAAGGUUUUGAGGUUCUUAUAGAAAAAGAAUGGCUCAGUUUUGGUCACAAAUUUCAACAGAGAAUUGGUCACGGCGACGAACACCACAGCGACGCGGAUAGGUCUCCAGUAUUUUUGCAGUUUAUAGACUGCGUUUGGCAGAUAAGCCUUCAGUUUCCCAACGCGUUUGAGUUCAACGAGCAUUUUCUGAUCACUAUCCUCGAUCACUUGUACUCUUGCAGAUUCGGUACAUUUUUAUUUAGCAGUGAACGUGAAAGAGUCCAGGAACAAGUGAAACAAAAAACUGUCUCCUUGUGGUCAUACACCAACAGUCAGUUAUCCCUCUAUCAAAAUCCCUUAUACUGGGCAGCUCCGAACUGUCAACUCGUUUUGAUGCCGAUCGCCAGCAUGAGGUAUAUUAAACCAUGGAAAAGUCUUUAUUGUAGAUGGAACCCCAGCAUGCGACAACAGGAUCCUGUUUAUCAACGAACAAGGGAACUUCUAGUCUUUAAGGAACAUCUCGAGAAGCAACUCGAAGAAGGUCACCGCGAGCAGGCUUCCCGAGCAAAUCGACUCUUGAUAUCAUCGGCACCGCCUAGGAUACAAUCACCGAUUCACUCAUAGCACGGCAAAGAUUCAAUCGUCAUUUAACGGUUUGUAGUUGUAAAUGUGCUCCAUGGUUCUUCCGGCCGCUCGACACGGCGUAUGAUACCGAUUAAACUCGCAAUCGCUGUGUACAGAACACUUGUUGAUAAAAACAGAAAAAAAAGAAAGACGUUUACGACU